CUGGUAAUUGGACUAUUUUACCUACCAUUUUAUGCCACUCUUAUCCCUCGAAACAGCAUUGGUUUCUUCGCUGCGGGAAAUGGAGGUUAGCAACUUAUGGGACAAAUGGGUCGGAGAAGCGCUUUCGAAGCUCGACUCUUUGAAAUUGCUUCGAUCUUUAAGACCCCUUUACCUUCCCAACGAACAACAGCAAAUGAACAAUACUGGAGUUUCCGGUAAAGAAGAGUACGAGGUGUUCGACGAAAUGCAACCAUGGGAUCGUUCCUCUGUCAAUGUCUCUAUUUCUGAACCCACUUACCGUAAAUGGCUUCUUGAGAUUCCAAGUUCAGGAGAUGAGAUUGUUCAUGGAGAAUGUUUAGCUGAUGAUACUUUUGGCACGAGCCAACAGCAAUUCAAGCGGCUACUUUUGUUCUCUGGAAAUGAUUAUUUGGGCUUGAGUUCACAUCCAGCAGUUCGAAGAGCUGCAGCAGAGGCAGCUCGAGAUUACGGAAUGGGCCCUAGGGGCUCUCCGUUAAUCUGCGGAUACACUUACCACCAUAGAUUACUGGAGUCAAGCUUGGCAAGCUUAAAGAAGAAGGAGGACUGUCUUCUUUGUCCUACAGGGUUUUCAGCCAAUAUGGCAUUGAUGGUAGCACUUGGAAACCUUGCAUCCCUCCUUGCAGCAGGCAACGUGCCUGUGAAGGAUGAAAAGAUUGCCAUUUUCUCUGAUGAACUAAACCAUGCAUCAAUAAUUGAUGGUAUUCGUCUUGCUGAAAGACAAAGAAGUGUAGAAUUCUUUGUAUAUAAACACUGCGACAUGUCCCAUCUCCGCGCACUGUUAUCAAAUUGCAAAAUGAAGAAAAAGGUUGUUGUGACCGAUAGCUUGUUUAGCAUGGAUGGGGACUUUGCACCUAUGCUGGAGCUUGUAGAGCUCCGGCGGAAGCAUAAUCUGUUGUUAGUCAUCGAUGACGCACAUGGAACGUUUGUUUGUGGCAACAGUGGUGGAGGAGUGGCUGAGGAAUUUGAGUGUGAAAGAGAUGUUGAUAUAUGCAUUGGAACUUUGAGCAAGGCAGCAGGUUGUCAUGGUGGAUUUAUAGCCUGCAGCAAAAGGUGGAAACAGCUUAUCCAAUCAAGGGGCCGUUCUUUCAUAUUUUCUACUGCCACACCAGUUCCUAUAGCUGCUGCUGGGCAUGCUGCUGUUAUUGUGGCAAAAAGAGAGACCUGGCGUCGACGAGAACUUUGGAACCGAGUGGAGGAUUUCCGUGCUUUGACUGGAAUUGCCAUUUCCAGCCCGAUAAUAUCUCUUAUUGUAGGAAGUGAAGAGAAAGCCCUGAAAGCUAGCAGGGAAUUGUUGAAAUCUGGUUUCCAUGUCACUGCAAUCAGACCACCAACAGUGCCCCCCAACUCUUGCAGGUUGCGAAUCGCUUUGAGUGCAGCACACACGACUGAUGAUUUGAGGAAGCUCACGUCUGCACUCUCCAGUUACAUCAACUUUCAAGAUACUGGAGGUACCAGUCUCCACAUACAUUCUAAGCUAUAGGAUCAAAUAAUUUGGAAGGAUUGCAAGGUUUCUUUAUUUAAGAGAACACAAGUAUGAGAAUUUGUUCGUUAAAGACAGUCAUCUUCUAGAUUCGCUAUCACAUUCAUGAAGAUAAAUUUAUAUUCGAUUAGGGUUCAAUUCAACAGGUAAAGUUAGCACUUAGCUCGGCGUUGAUAUGCAGGUUUAAUAUAAGCAUACUAUGUUACAUCA